UCUAUUUAAUAACAGGACCCUGUUGAUUGUUGUGCAGUACUAGUCUGAUACACUUCUAGAGUCUGCGAUUCAUCAUGGGACCAGUCCUCAGAUUCCUGUGCAUCCUCUCAGCUCUGGCAGCCACAGGUUUUUCUCUCAGUUGCAACCAGUGUGUGGCCACCGGCUCUUCCUCCUGCACCGGAACAACCGUGACGUGCCCCGCGGAUUACACUUGCGGCAGUACCCGAACAGUAUCCACAGCAAGUGGGGUCACAUCAUCUGCCAUUGUCAUGUCUUGUAUACCUCAAAAUCAGUGCGAUACAUCUGGAAGUAUCAGUACCGCUGAUAUCAAGACAAAGAUAGGCAUCACCUGUUGUAAUACAGAUAACUGCACUCCAUCACCUUCGGCAUUACCCGGCGAUAGCUCUCAGCCAAAUGGACUGACCUGUCGUUCUUGCAUUUCGGCUACAUCUGACUGGUGUUACACUGGGGACACCGUGCAAUGCACUGGAAGUGAAGAUAUGUGUCUUCUCCAACGUUCUAAUAUUUAUGCUCCCUCAAAACUAUCGACUGCUAUUCGGGGUUGUGCCACUAAAAAUAUGUGUUCACUCAGUUCCCAGUCCUCGGCAGGUGACGUGAAAGUGACAUGUAGCAGCGGAAGUUUUGGUCUGCGCAGCAGUAUCAUUUUUACCUCUAUUCUUGCUCUUGCAGUAUCUAAAAUUGUGUAUUUUUGAAAUAGAUAAGGGCAGCCAUUCCACGUCCAGCUUCAUGUUCUGUCUCUAAACAUUCU